UUUGAUUUUCUUGCUUUGUGUUUCUCUAUUCUUUUCGAGAAGAGGAAAUAAAAAAGAGAAGAAAAACAAGAAGAAAAACAGAAAAAAAAAAAAAAAAGCGAGGCCAUGGCGACAGUGGACCCUGCGUUUGCGUCUGCAGGGCUGUCUGGCUCGCAGCAGCAGCUCUAUCUACAGCAGCAGCAGCAAUUGCUGCAACAACAACAACAGAAUCGCGUCGGACCGUACGUCCUCGGUCGCACACUUGGAGUGGGCUCAACAGGGCGUGUUAAACUCGGCACGCACAUUGCAUCGGGCAAGACUGUGGCUGUCAAAAUUAUCAACAAGGCGUCCUUGGCAUCCACGCCGGACUUGUUGCGCAAGAUUGAGCGCGAAAUUGCCAUCAUGAAGCUGAUCGACCACCCGAACGUCAUGUCGUUGUACGACGUCUACGAAAACUCGCACCACCUCUUCCUCAUCCUCGAGCAUGUUGAGGGCGGCGAGCUGUUUGACUAUCUUGUCAAGCGAGGCCGGCUACCCAUCGAGGAAGGCAUCAAAUUCUUCCGCCAAAUCAUCUCGGCCAUGGAUUUCUGCCACAAGCACUGCGUGUGCCAUCGCGACCUGAAGCCCGAAAACUUGCUGCUGGACGCGGACCGCAACAUUAAGAUUGCCGAUUUUGGCAUGGCCUCACUGCAAGUGGGCGAAAAAAUGCUCGAGACUAGUUGCGGCUCACCGCAUUAUGCCUCCCCCGAGGUUAUUCGCGGUGUCAAGUACGACGGCCGUGGCGCCGAUAUCUGGAGCUGCGGCAUCAUUCUUUUUGCACUGCUCACUGGUAACUUGCCCUUCGACGACGAGAACAUUCACCGUCUCUUGAACAAAGUCAAGACUGGCGAGUUUAUCAUGCCUGCCCACUUGCGGCCCGAAUGCAAGGAUCUUCUCAGCCGCAUGUUGACUGUCGACCCCGAAAAGCGUAUUAAAAUGGAAGAGAUUAUGAUCCACCCCCUCUACCUGACGGCUGCAGUGCCAAUGCCCGAGGUGGUCCACUCGCCGCUCCCGCCCACCGCUCUGCCUUCCAUCGACUCUCUCGACGAGGACGUCAUGUACUCUCUGCGAUCACUCGGCUGCUUUGAGGACGAGGCAACCUUGACGAUGGAGCUCAUGAGCGAGAGCCACAACAUUGAGAAGGUCAUUUACACGUUGCUGCUCGACCGCAAGAAGCGCUAUGCUGGCUUGAGCAGCGAGAGCAACAGCUACCCCGACGUGAACGACUGGAACUCUGUGCGCGGAGACAACCUCGACAUUCCCCGUCGACGGACGGAUUCCAUCAGCUCGGAUCAAUCCGACCGCGAAAUUUCCUUGUCUUCCCCCAACAGUCCUGUGCUGGGCAUGUUGCCACCAGCACCGGCUGCUGCCAUGGCGGCCCUCUCUCCAGCAGCAGCCGCGGCCGCGGCCACGGCAGCCGCAGCCGCCGCAGCAGCAGCAGCAGCAUCGGCAUCGGCAUCGGCAUCGGCAGCGUCGGCAGCAGCAAACCACACCCAUGCACCCAUGCAGCCUCCUUCGGGACCAGCACCAAGUGCUCCCAUUCGCAUUGCGGUCCCGGUUCCUCCAGUUCGUGGCGAAAUCACUUACAUUGGUCCCGGUCCACAGCUAUCGUCCUCGGCGCCCACACCGGCUCCCGCCAUUCACAGCGCGCCAAAUUCCAACAGCGGUGUCGUGGUUCCUCGUCCAGUCAACCGUCCGCCAGGCACUGCCCACACCGGCGCCACCAUCCACCCACCCACCUCGCCGCGAGCCUACUCGACUCAAGGACCUCAACGGGACUCGAGCGGAAGCAGCACUCCACCAAAUCCGUCCAACGAGGGCGCUCCUCAGUUGACGCGCGUCGCCUCGGAAGGCAAAAUUCACGUGCUCAAGCCAGAAAAAGGACCCAUCAUCGUCCCAUCCGAGGAGUUCCCGCAACGCAACCGCAAGAUGGAACGCUCAAAGUCGGACAAUGGACGUCACCGCUUGCGAACCGACUUGCGCGGCGACGAUCUCGAUGCUGGCUCGUCCUCAUCGCCCUCGUUCGACAGCGACUCGUCGGGCUCUGGCCGAGUACUCAAGAGGUUUUCAGGCUUGGGCGGCUCGUUCAAGAACAAACUGGGCACGUCCAUCUUCACGCGACGUCGCAACAUGUCCAUUGAGCGCGAGUCCUCCCCGCCAUCGCCAUCCAUUUCAUCCUCGCCCAAGCGAUCGUGGUUUGGUGGAUUCUUCAGCCCGCUGGAGAAGGACGAUCAGCAUCUCAUCCUCUCACAAUCAUCCAUGGAUGUCGUCAAGACUGAAACAGAAAAGUGCAUGCAGGCAUGCGACAUCAAAUGUUCCAGCUUUGACGAUAAGGAGCUGCUGUUCAAGUGCAAGUUUGAAGGUCAGCGUUUCCAGAAGACUCUGAAAUUCUCAAUCAAGCUGGGCGACCACGGCGACAACAAGUCUGUGACUUUUACGUUGACGAAUGGCGGCGUUGCCCAGUUCAAGGCAUUGUUUGAGCGCUUCGAGGCAGAGUUCCAUCCCGCCUCUUAAAAUGCUCCUGAUUCUCCAUUUGUUUUUUUUUUUGUUUGUUGGUUGUUUUGGUUUUGUGUUUUUCCUUUUGAUUUUGUCCUUUCCCAGUUUCUGUCUCAGUUUUGUUUUCCCUUCCCCCCUUUCACCUGCCCCCGUUCUUUGUUGAAUGGGUUGGUUUUUCGAAUCCGGUUGCUAGGUUGUUCUCGUCCUGGUUGAUGAGACUCGUUUUCACAAUUUUUUUUUUCCUUUGCUUCUUGCAACAACAACAUUAAAACCGUUUUGUUCAUGGAUUGACAAUUCA